AUGGAACAUCAAGGUUUAUUAGCAACUUAUGGAAUACCUAUAACACCUGGUUCACGUCCACCCAAUAGUAGUAAUGUUGGCCGGAGAUCCACAGGUACUGUUGCUAGUCGUACCAGUAAUAGGUAUUCUGUGACGGCAUUAUACUCAAUGGCUACUGAACAAGAUGUUGAAGUUGAAGAUGAAUUGGCAAGAGCACAAAGAAUUUUAAGAGAUCUUAAAAUUAAGAUAUCUUCACAAUCCAAGAAAAACUUUGUAUUAGAACGAGACGUUAGAUACUUGGAUUCUCGUAUUGCAUUGUUAAUACAGAAUCGAAUGGCAUUAGAUGAGAAACAAGAAGUGGAGAGUCAUCUUGAAGAAACUGAUCCACAAGAUGGUAAUUUCCCGGAUGAUCGAAAAUUGCAAUUAUAUGGAAAUCUUUUCUUUUUGCUCCAAACAGAGCCUGGCCAUAUAGCAAAUUUAUGUCGCCUAGUAGCACUAUCAGAAAUCGACACAUUGUUACAAACGGUCAUGUUUACUUUAUAUGGGAAUCAGUAUGAAAGUAGAGAGGAACAUUUAUUAUUGACCAUGUUUCAAUCAGUGCUUUCUGCACAAUUUGAAACAACGGCAGAUUUUAAUUCUCUUCUUCGAGCAAAUACUCCCGUAUCACGUAUGAUGACAACAUAUACUCGUCGAGGGCCUGGUCAAAGCUAUUUAAAAUCUAUGCUAUCUGAACGAAUUAACAAUUUAAUAGAACACAAAGAUUUAAAUCUUGAAAUAAAUCCUUUGAAGGUUUACGAACAAGUUGUUAAAAAAUACGAGGAAGAAAAUGGAUUUCUUCCACCUGAUCUUCCACGUAGUGUAACUACCGAAGUUGCUGCUGCAAACCCGGAAGUUAUGAAAAUAAUUCAACCUCGAAUGAAAAUGUUGAUUGAAAUAGCCAAUAAAUUUCUUAUUACUAUAAUUGAAUCUAUAGAACAAGUACCUUAUGGUAUUAGAUGGAUAUGUAAACAAAUUAGAUCAUUAACAAAACGUAAAUAUCCAAAUGCAACUGAAAUUGCCAUAUGUUCCUUGAUUGGUGGUUUCUUCUUUCUUCGAUUUGUUAAUCCUGCAGUUGUGACUCCUCAGGCAUACAUGUUGGUGGAUGGUGUGCCCAGCACUCAUCCUAGAAGAACUUUAACACUGGUUGCAAAAAUGUUGCAAAAUCUGGCAAAUAAACCAUCUUAUGCCAAAGAAGAUUAUAUGGGAGUGCUUAAUGAUUUUGAUUUUGUUGAAAAUAACAAACAAAAGAUUAACAAAUUUUUGUUGGAAUUAUGUGAAGUAGGAGAUUUUUAUGAAAGUUUAGAAGCACCCUCUGAAAACAACCAUUUAAGAAUUUUACUUGACGAUUUAAGUCUAGCUCCUUCUCAAGUCCCUAGAAAUGAAAAUAAAGCUAUCGAACUUCCUUUAUUCAACAUUGCCACUUCUCUUUUGGCCGAUAAUAGCUUGACACAAAAUGAUAUUUUAUAUAUGGAGGCAAAAUCAAUCAUCAUACAGAUUAUUCGUUCCAUACCACAAAUGGCUGAGCGUCGUCCAAUAGAUUUACUGUGGAUAGCAGAGACUGCAGCGACAACAAAAGACGCAUUACUGGUUAGAAAGGGCAUUAAAGUGAAAGAGAUGUUACGUGAAUUAGAAGAGGCUAAGGUUAUAGAACGAUCUGAUGGGCAUCUAUUAAUGACCGAAGAAGUUGAACAAGAACUUGCACAUCUUGGAAAUCUUCGAGAAGGUGUCACUAAAGAAAUUAGAUCACUUGAAUCUGUUUAUAAAACCAUAUGCGAUCACAAUAAUUAUUUGAGAAGUCAAUUGGAUAAUUAUAAAAUAUAUUUACAAAAUGUUAGAAAACAUGCAGCUAAUGAUUCAGCUGGUGGUUUUAAUUCAAGUGUAGUUAAAGUGGGUGAUAAACAAAAGAAAACUCAGAAAUCAAAAAUUAUAGGUCCUUACAAAUUUACAUAUAUUCAAUUAGAAAAAGAGGGAAUUAUUGAAGACAGUAGUGUUCCUGAUAAUAGACGGGAAGGGAUAUUUUUCAAUAUUUCAUCGCCACUGCCUGGAGCAUUUAUGAUUGCUCUUUACUAUAAAGGCCGUGAUGCUGCUAUUUUAGAAAUGGAUCUGAAGCUUGACGAUCUUUUGGAAAAACAACAAGAUAAUGUUUUAUCAAUAGACCUUGAAUAUGUUAGAUUGAACGUCAACAAGCUUUUAAAUUUGUUGAACAAGACAUUUACCAAAAGAAAGACGUAG